UUCUGAAAAAAAAAAAAAAAAAAAAUGAAAAUAACAAAAAUUAAUUUCAGACGUAUUGUGGUUCGAGUUAAUUGAAGAAAAUUUAAUGUGACGAUGAUGAUGACGCAUUCAAAUGAUUGAAAUGAUUUUAGCCGAGUGAAACAAUACGUACAUAUAUAUAUAUAUAUUCUCGGUUAUGUAACUGAUUAAAUUUUUAAACUAGCUUAUAAUGAUUAUUAUAAUUUGUAAUAAAUUAUGAUUAAUUGUUAAUGAAGCUACUUAAGCAAAAUGUUCAUAUAUUGAUUGCGUAAAUGUACAAUUUCACAGAAAAAUGAAUGCUAAAUUGAAAUAGUUAUUUACAAUGUUACUCAAUUAUUGAAAAAAUACAUUGAAAAAAUUGUGGAAAAUUAAUUUUAUUUUGUUAUUCAAAGAUUGUUAAUUAUCAUCUGAAAUACGUCGUUUUGUUAUGUGUGUGUUACAAUUGCGGAUGUAACGCUGCGAGAAUAUAAAUGCAUUAUAUCUGGUUUUUAUCGAAGCACAAAAAACAAAUGCAAAAAUAUGGGAAUGACAUAACCUAUAACAAGUGUCGAAAAAGUAGAAUAAUUAAGACACAUCAUGGAAAUAAUUACUAAAUCUAUGUUUAGUUUCUUCGUAUAUAUUUUUUAUUUGUAGAAAAAAAGAAAGUUGAAAUGUUCAGUAAAAUUCUCUGUAUUAAAAUUUUUUAUUUUGCCAUAUUCUUUCUUUUGAAUGUUUCUAACACACGCACACACACAUACAUACGAGAAAAUUACUUAAAAUAUAAAUUACCCCAGUGAGAAACGAAAAUGUCAAAAAAUGAAGACUGUGGAUAUAUAUCACUCUUAUACAGUAUCGCAGAUAAGCCAUUAGAUUUGUGGUCAAAAUACGUUUCCUGUGGCGGUAAAAUUCGCAGAAUAAAAGAUGAUACUUUAUACGGAGACAAAGUACUCGAGAUCACAGGAUCUCACAACAGCGCGAUUGUUACAAAUAUAACUACUCCCGCUGAAACGUUAGAUGUUAUGAACAUAAAACUUCCUAUUCUUGUGUUAGUAAUAAAAAAUUUAAAUUUACAAUUCAAGUUGGAAGUUCAGAUAAUAGACAAAGAGCAAUACCGGAGAAGAUUCUCUUUUCUCACUUAUAAUUUGGAGAGGUCGAGAAUCAACGCAAGAAUGGCUUGUAUUCCUUUGAAAUUGGAAGAAUGUUGGAAUACCUUAGAAAUAAACCUUCAAACUCUAUGCCACGAAGCGUAUAAAACAAAUUACAAGGCUCUGCAGAGAAUAAUAAUUUACGCCAACUGUUGUAUAAGAAGAGUGUAUUUGCAAGAUCGUCACUACAAUAAUAACGAAACUCCCAUCGAGAUAUAUCAAGCAUUUCUUCAUAUGUACAUGUUAAAAUGGGGAAUUAAUGCGAUCGAUGAAGCUUGUCAGACAGAAGGAUGUUACACAGGAUUUGCCGAACAACCUAAAGAUUUAAGUUUGGCAAGUAUUGAUUCAAUUGGUGUAUUGCAAACAAAACUUGGCUCAAAACCCAUAUACAGUACAGGAAAACUGAAAAAUUUAAGUACACUUAAUAGUGUGAUAAAUUUAUGCAAAUCUAACACAUUGAAAAGAAAGCAUAUGUCACUAGAUACUCUGAAUAAUGCAAUAAAAAUGCGUGAUAAGAAUGUUUUUAUUAGAAAAAAUGAACACUUCAAAGAGUCUCUAGCGAAUAACAUAAUUGUGGAAAAUAAGUUACAAAUGAGCAAUGUGAAGAAAACAGAACAGAAUCCAGUGAAAACACACAAGGCGGGAAACCAAAGUUUUUCGAUAAACAUGCAAAAUAAAAAUCAUAUUUUGCGACCUAUGACUUUGAUUGAAUCAAAAAAAGUUAUGAGAAAUCAAGUUUUAAAAACACGUGUUAGUGAAACGUUAUUCGAAGAAAAUGGAAAUUCAGAAUAUACAAAUUUGCAGGAAAUUCGGAAUGCAAAAGAUAUAUGUGUUAAUUCAAAAGAACAUAAUAAUAGCAAUAAUAUACAAAUAGAGAAGACUGCCAGUGUUAAAAAUGCAGAAUUUCAAAAAUCUCUUCCCAGUUUUUUGUCUGCUUUUAAAUUCGCGCGAGAUUCACUUGAAAAGAUUGAUAAAAAAAGCGAUAACACAUUUAACACUCAAAAUGAUAAAUUAUGCAUUAUUUCUGAGGAUAAACAUGUAAAAGAAAACAACAAGAACAUUGCUGACAGCUUAAGAUCUCUGACUGAUAGAAGUGCUGAAUAUGUAUCUGAUCAUAUUCCACCAGUAAUCGAAAAAGAAGCUGCUACACUAGAAGAAAUAAAUCCGCGAAACAGAUACUUAGGCAUAGACAUGGCCACGUCAAAUUUUAUAACUGCGUAUCAUUUUACAAAUAGAAAAUUUCUUAAGAAAUUAAAAGACAAGGGCCUUGCUAUGACGCAAGUCGAAUUAUCGCUGUGCGAUAUGACUAAUCGACGAAAAUUUUAUAAUCAACAAAAAUUUAUAAACAAACAAAGAUGGUGCAUAGACAAAUGUACCGGUUUGUAAGAAAAUUCAGUUGUUAGUUGUUAGUUUCUGUAAACAAAUAAAUAAUUUCAAAGAGAAAAUGUGAAGAUUAGAAGUUUUCGUCUCUAUUCAGUCAUCUACACUUAAGCCUACACAUAUAAAUCAUCAUGAGUGUCUUUUCCUUUUUAAGAAAUAUUUAAUACUAGUUGCUUGUUGACGAACUUAGAUCUCUUAGGCACACACAGUGACAAAAGUUUAUAUACGCAAAUUAAAGUUAAAAAAAAAAAAAAAAAUUUUGUGCUGUAAAGAUUUGAUAUUUUUCAUAUUUCAAAAAAAC